AAGUGAACUAUUCCAUAAGAAAAUGAAACGUAGAGUUCAAGCCAAGCUAGUCUGCAUAUGUAGAGCCAGACAGAGCCUCCAUUAGUGAGGUAGUCUAAAAUUGAAAAGUCCAACUGAGCAGGAGCAGCGCCUUUCUACAUUCAUAAAUAUACGUAUGUAUGGACCCACAUAUAUCGCACACGCAGGCCGGUAGCUACUUCUAAAGAACAAGCGUGGAGCGGAGAGUUUGCAGAAGCCUCAAAACCUUUACCUGCAGCCAUUCUUGUCAGCAGGAAUGGGUCAUUUCCCGAGUUCGGGUUCCGGUGACAUGAUAUCGUUUCUUGUCCUCCUGGGUGGUUGCUUCUGCUCGGUGAUGAUGAUACUCUCCCCUGUGGCUCGGGCCGAUGUCCAUUACUAUGAUUUUGUGCUGAAGGAGACAAACCUCACUAGGUUGUGUCUCAACAAGACCGUGAUGACGGUGAACGACAGCUUUCCUGGUCCGGUCAUCAGCGUCCACAGAGGGGACACUGCUUAUGUAAAUCUCCACAACCAUGCUGAUUUUGGGAUCACGAUUCACUGGCAUGGUGUUAAACAGCCGAGGAAUCCCUGGUCCGAUGGUCCUGUCUACAUCACACAGUGCCCGAUUGAACCGGGCAAAAACUUUACUUACGAAAUUAUAUUCACUCGAGAGAUAGGGACGCUUUGGUGGCAUGCCCACAGUGAUUGGACUCGGGCGACCGUUCAUGGCGCAAUCGUUAUCUUACCUUCCGAGGGGAUGGGCUAUCCAUUUCCAGAACCGGAUGGGGAAGAAGUCGUCGUAAUAUCAUCAUGGCACAAAGUCGACAUUGAUCCGGACGUUGAAGAAGAGGACACCAUAGAGGAUAUUGCACUGCCCAGUUCUAGUGCUUACACGAUUAACGGUCAGCCUGGAGAUUUUUGCAAUUGCUCAAAAGAAUCCACGUACCACUGGUUGGUCGAUCCUGGAAAAACAUACCUCAUCCAUCUGGUCAAUGGAGUCAUGGAUGUGGAGAUGUUCUUCGCAAUCGGUCAUCACAACCUCACCGUGGUUGGGAUGGACGGAUCGUAUGUAAAACCCUUAGACACAAGCUACGUGAUGAUAAGCCCGGGACAGACCAUGGAUAUCCUGGUCACGACGAACCAGCCUGCAGGCCGGUACUAUAUGGCUGCCAGACAGUUCGACACUGAAAGGCCAGACAUCCAAGCAGAUACUGACCGUCAGAAUGCUACUGCUAUUCUUCAGUACACAGGCAGCUAUCCCAACACCUCGGUGCCUUACUUCCCGGCUGCCCUGCCAACAUAUGGGGACCUUACUGCGGGUUAUAGUUUCAGGAGUCGAAUCAGAAGCUUAGCAAGUAAAGAGUACCCUAUAGAUGUCCCGAAGAACAUAACCACUCAUAUGUACGUUGUUGCUGCGGUGGAUUAUAUCUAUCGGACAAAUGAAUCAGGCACCACUAAUGUGACUGCGGCGAGCUUGAACAACGCGUCUUGGUGGAACCCACCUCUCGAUAUCCUGAUGGCUUACUACAGGAACGUAAGUGGGAUUUAUACCGCUGAUUUUCCAGAUAAGCCCCCAAACUACUACAACUUCGCGGCUGAUGAACUGCCAGAUUUAAUUACAACCCCGGCGACUAAGGUCAAGGUUCUGGACUACAACGAGGAAGUCGAGAUUGUUCUCCAAGGGACUGAUGGUAUUAAACACUCCACGGAUCACCCUAUGCAUCUGCAUGGGUAUGCAUUUUAUGUGGUCGGAUAUGGUCAUGGAAAUUUCAACAAUGAGACCGACCCUCUGGGCUUCAAUCUGAUCGAUCCCCCGGAGCAGAACACAGUCUCUCUCCCUAAGCAAGGGUGGACUGCAAUCAGAUUUCGAGCCAGUAAUCCCGGAGUUUGGUUGUGGCACUGCCACUUCGAUAAGCAUUACACCUGGGGAAUGAACACGGUGUUCAUAGUGAAGAACGGUGGAACACCGGAGACGAGUGUUAAGGGGCCCCCGGCAUACAUGCCUCCUUGCAAGAGCUCGGCACUCCGACUUCAGAAAGCCGGCAAUUCCAUUUCAGGCAAUACAGAAGAAGAAUAAGAUGGAUUAGUACGUUUCUUGAAAGUGAGGGCAGCUGGGUUGGUUUCAUCGCAAUUGGUCCCCAUGAACUACAAUUUUUUUUCUCCCACUUAAACUUCCUAUAAUAAAUUAGUACUAAACAUCCGAACAUUGCAUGGUUCCUUUCAAUGCUUUCAUGACAAAAUUAUAUCUCGAAUUUAUUCAGAUUAUAUCCAAGGAUGGUCCUACAUAUCAAUAGGUACCCAGUCAGAUGCGGUAGAAGACGAGCUGGGAAAAACAUGUUUUGACGACCCUGUUUUGAAGGAAACGACCUCAGGAGCACAGCUCACAGCUUUUGGCUGUGAAAUGACGAGAUUUAAGGCGAAUUCCAUCGUUUAGGGUCUCAAAAUGAUAUUUUUAUGUUAUUUUGGCGUUUUUAUAAUUUUAGAAAAAUUUAUUUCUUUUUGUGUAAUUUAUGUUUUUUUUAAAACCCUAUUUAAGCUUUGUAAGCCUAAGGCUAAAGAUGGUUGUUUUUUAUUAUUCAAUAAAAAUUGGAACUUUUGUGCUCUUGCCCA